GCGGCGGGACGCGGGACGGAGGGAGCUGGGACUGCGCUCUGGACAGGGUGCAGUGAUGGAAGCCUUCAAGUCUCAAACCAACCCAGCCCUCAGGGAGAAAUACCUUGGUGAGUCCUUUUCAGAUGGGGGGCCACAUUCUGUCACUAUCCCAGCCUCACCCUUCAUGCAGAAGCUUGGAUUUGGCACUGGUGUUAACGUCUACUUGAUGAAAAGAUCUCCCAGAGGUUUGUCUCGCUCCCCUUGGGCAGUGAAAAAAAUCAAUUCCAAGUGCAACAGGAGCCAGCAAAGCAUCUAUCAGCAGAGGCUGAAUGAAGAAGCCAAGAUCUUGAGAAACCUCCAGCACCCAAACAUCGUGGGGUACCGAGCGUUCACCAAGGCCAACGACGGCAGCAUGUGCCUGGCCAUGGAGUACGGAGGGGAGAAGUCUCUCAAUGACCUCAUUGAAGAAAGAAGCUCAGAGCACUUGGGCCCUUUCCCUGCUGCCACGAUUUUCCAAGUUGCCUUGAGCAUGGCGAGGGGGCUGAAGUAUCUCCACAAUGACAAGAAGCUGCUCCAUGGGGAUAUCAAGUCUUCAAACGUGGUCGUUAAAGGUGAUUUUGAAGCCAUCAAGAUCUGUGAUGUGGGAGUGUCUCUGCCCCUGGAUGAGAACAUGACAGUGAGUGACCCAGAGCUGUGCUACGUGGGCACGGAGCCCUGGAAGCCCCGGGAGGCUCUGCAGGACGAUGGAGUGAUCACAGACAAGGCUGACAUCUUCCCCUUUGGGCUGACGCUCUGGGAGAUGAUGACCCUCUCUGUGCCCCACCUCAACCUGGGAGAUGACCCUGAGGAUGAAGACGACUCCUUUGAUGAAGACUGCUUUGAUGAGGAAGCUUACUACGCAGCCCUGGGCUCCCGCCCAGCCCUCAACAUGGAAGAACUGGACUCAUCCUACCAGCAGAUGAUUGAUCUCUUCUCUGUCUGCACUAGUGAGGACCCCAAGAAACGUCCCUCAGCUGCUUGCAUUGUGGAAGCACUGGAGGCAAGUUUGGCUCAGAAAUAAAAGCCUUUUUGCUCUCACUCCUGUGCCACAGAGCUCAGGGGACACCUUUGCUGUCCUCGAGCUCCAUGGCACAGGUAUGGGAGUCACAGGGACUGGACUUAGCAAAGCUCCUCCUGCAUUGUUUAUCCUUCCAAACGUGCUCUAUGUUCUUCAAACUACAGCCUAAACUCUUUUUAACACUAACCCCUAGUUUAAGGACAUGCCUGAAGUGGAUGAGGGCCAUUGCUCUGCUUCUAGAACAUUCCCCUCCCCGCCUGCACUCGGCUCUUAAAUCAGCUCUUGGUUUAGAAUUGUCGUGUUACAGCUGUUUUCAAAUCUUUCUCUUUUUAUGGUGAAUUAGCAAGAGCUUUGUGGCUCAGA